UCUAAUUCUGAUUCCAAACUCUUCUUUCAUUCGCUUUAUACAGGCUCAUACAAGAUGUUUUGUGUUGCAAUUCUCUUCUUUUUAAUUACAAACUCAAAUCCCAGUUUCGGGAUUGAGCCAGUAUGUUCCCGGUUUCAUUACGAGGAACAAACGUUAGAAAAGAUGAUCAGACAGGAAAUAUUUGUAGAGAAAAUGAAAGCUGACAUUGAUGACUCUAAACAGCAAGUAGUGGACGCUAUUGUAGACUUGAGGAAUGAGAGAAACAAGUUUGCAGCGGACUUUGAAAAGUUGAAAAAUGACGUUGAAACCCUGAAUGGCAACCUUGAAAAUGCGUUAAAUGGUAUGCAAUCACAAAAUGAAAAAGUCAUUCAGGACUAUACCACAGAAAUGGAAAUAUUAAAAGGUUCUGUCGUCACACCUAUCGUCGCGUUCAAAGCGCAUGUUGUGUCAGAAAACUCGUUGAGCAAUAGAAAUGUUAUAAUAUUCUCAAAGAAUAUUUUUAACACGGGCGGUGCUUACGACAAUGCAACUGGCAUCUUCAAAGCUCCAUCUGGAGGCAUCUAUCUAUUCACGACUCAAAUAUGUUUAUCUGGCAGUACCUAUUCGUAUUUCGGCAUCACUGUGAAUGGGGAACGUAUCUCUCAGUCUCUGCUUGGAGACAAUCAGUGGACUAAAUGUUAUACAAUGGAUGCCAUUGUUAAAGUAAACAAGGGUGCUGACGUCACUGUUAAAUGUAUUAGCUCUUGUGAUAGUAGUGAUAGUUUAUACAAUAAUCUUGGUUACGCAGCAAGUAGCUUCUCGGGUGUACUUGUCCAAAGACUUAUUCUUUGAAAUACGACUGUAAAGAACGUUGUCGGCUGUAUGACCUGUUUUGUUGGAUUUGAAUAACCGAUGAUUCUGUUGCCAUAACAAAUAUCAAUAUUUGUCAUUAUUUCAAAUGAAAUAUUUAGAAAUACUGAUGAAAUAUAAUUCA